GUUUAUUACGAUCAUAGAGAAGACGGGUAGGAUUGCAAGUGGGGAAAGUAUGGGCUUCAUGUUAGGGACCCUUAGGUGAUGAUCCUGAGGAAUAAUUCAAAGGAGACGGCGUUACACUGCGGAGGAUAAUAAGAAACCAAAGUAAGCCCUAACCACAGGAAGUCCAAACGUUACCAACCUUCAACCCGGAAGAGCUUCACCUAAUCACAUGAUGGAGAGAAUUGCCAACACGGAUAUGAAACAUCCUCCGAACAAAAAUAUUACCCCUCGACUUUCCCCUCUCAAUACGACACAAUAUAAAUCUCAAAUACCCAAAUAUCUGUGAAAAGGACAUAGAACUCAUAAGAUCAAAAAUUAAGGUCUGGAUCUUCGCAAGAAUUGUACCAAACUGCCGGUUGUACAAGCUCCUGAAGUUGUGAAUGAAACUAGGAGUAACCGCAAGCUGAAGCGUCUACCUGUGGAUCACCCGUCAUACGCAUCUCUACGCCGCAGCCUCCUCUUUGAGUCUACCACCCCUGUCACUAGCAAGACCGAUUACAGUCAGUUCUGCGAAAAGAAAGGCACCCUCAUGCGACUGAGCAGGCUUUACGACGGCAAGUCCCGCUAUCCCAAGAUGGAAAACAUGCCUCAUUUCCACUAUGACGACGUCGAACUCGGCACAAAUAUACAGGCUUCUCUCUACGAAUCUCAGGAGACCGACAAGAAAUACUUGGAGGACGACCAAACAAGCCUUCUGGUGUACGUGGAAUGUCGUGCGAAGUCCUGGAUUCUUCGUAGAACUCUGGAGAACUUUUCAGCUUUAGACAAGCAAAUCCACAGGUGCUUAUUCGACCGCAAGUUCAGUCGUUUAAAGCCCCUUCACGAGACACUGAACGGCGACAAUCAGAACAGACAGAGCAUGGAGGUGCGCGAUAUGUUGCAGGCGUACUUGUUGCGUCUAUCCGAGAUUGCUGACAAUGUCAUGAACUGCGGUCCGGUGCUCAACUGGUUCGAGAUAGACAACCGAGGCAACCAUCUUCUGCUGACGGAUGAGUCCGCGAUCAACGUACCCGGGAUAGCGGCAGCUCACGUGAUCAAGCGAUACCAUGCGCAAGCUGCAGAUGAAAUUUCUCUCGAGGUGGGUGAUAUCAUCUCGAUAAUCGACAUGCCCCCUGUUGAUGAAAGCAUUUGGUGGCGAGGAAAACGAGGAUUCGAGGUUGGUUUCUUUCCCAGUCAAUGUGUUGAAGUUAUCGGAGAUUAUUCGAACAAGCUGCCUCUACCAACGUCUGCCGGGAUGCAUGUUCCAAUGAAACCAGUCGCCAAAAAGCGAGGUAAACUGAUAAGUUUCCUGCGCUUGUUUCUCUCCUCCCGGCCGUCACGUGCCAGGCUCAUGCAGAGCGGCAUUCUCAAGGAGCGUACGUUUGGCAGUGAUCUGGGCGAGCAUCUAGCUGUCACGUGCAGGCAAAUCCCUCUAGUUCUGGAGAAGUGCGCCGCAGUAAUUGAAGAGCACGGCAUCGUCGAUGGCAUCUAUCGCUUAUCCGGCUCAAGCUCAAUCAUACAGAAAUUAAGGUUUCUGUUCGACGGUGAUGAGCCGCCUGAGCUGGACGACGAAUACUAUCUCCGAGACGUGCACUGCAUUAGCUCUUUGCUCAAGAUGUACUUCAGGGAGCUGCCCAACCCGCUGCUGACGUACUCAUUGUACGACAAAUUUGUUAGUGCCAUCCAGAUAACGGACGAGAAGGAGCGCAAGGUAGCCAUCCAUCACGUCGUCCAGCAGCUCCCCCCUCCUCAUUACCGCACCCUGGAAUACCUACUGCAGCACCUGGCAGAAGUCGCCUCACAUGCGGGCCAGACAGCCAUGCACGCCAAGAAUCUGGCCAUCGUGUGGGCGCCCAACUUGCUGAAGCCACGAAGCCAGGAAUAUGGGAGCACAGCGUUGCUAGAGAUCAAUGUACAGGCGAUCAUAGUGGAAUAUCUGAUUCGUAACGCUGCUGAACUCUUCGACCGGGACGCAGCCUCGAUCGCGAUUGUAUCGAAUCCGCAGUACAACACUUUACAAGAACGCGGCCCGCACCACAGAAUCAACUCGGAACCAGAUCUGACUGCCGCGGGAGGACUAGGCCCGAGACUAGCCUCGAUAUCUGUGUCCCCAGGACCCAAACUGAUAUCUCUAGAGGAGGCUAGGUCACGCACUGCGUCUGCACCAAACAGACCGCCCCGACCGGACCCCCCUAAAACACUGGACCUUAAGCCCAAAACAAGCGGCGAACCCUACCAAGCCCACCCCUCACGAGCAAGCCCAGCGACUACGCCCACGUGCGGGUCGGGUUCCCCUGGUACUGGGACCAGUAGCUCGAGCAUUUCUAGUGGAACCGGGAAGAGCUUCAAGGCAUUUUUCUCACGAAGUAAAAGCUUUAAUACAGCGUCCUUCUCAAACAGUCAGGAGUCCAACUCAGGUUUCUACUACGUCAGCCAAGACAUCGAUCAACUCCCUAGCCCCUCCCCUGUUGAUAAGUCCGCAGGGAGUCCGGUAAGCUACGCAGGGGAGUCCCAUUCGUUCGAGGAGAGCCUGCGGCAUGCGCACAGUGCUGAGGAUCUGGCGGCAACUCCCCCUGCUUCGGAUAUAAUCACUGUACCCCGGCAUGCUUCCAGUAUGAGGAUUAAAUCCAUCAUGGAGGGGGGAGCGCCUGUUAGGCCGCCCAGGAGGAGCAAGGCAGAGAUAUUGAGCAUCUCAUCCUCACUUGUGCACACCCCCCGGGAUACAAUGGAUAUAAAGCGAAGUUCCGGGAGCGUCGGGUCUCAACUCGGGCGGAACAGUUCAACUUCGGGGAGCUUUCGGGAGCGGACUCCAAGUGGAGGUGCUUUGAUUCGGCGACAUCCCGUGCUGACAUCGUUUUCCAAAAUGACAUCGGAACAGACUGUUUACGUAUCAAAGGUAGAAUACGUCAAACCUUCAGCAGUCCCGCGGGAUUCGGGACAUAGUUCCCAGCGUCGGGCUUCAACCGGAACUCAACGGGACAUUGAUCGCCAAACUCGACGAAACAGCGAAACAAAGCCGACCGAACAGCGACCUCUUUCGGUUUACGAUAAUCGACCGGCCUCGGUUUACGACAAUGAACCGACGAUAAAAGCGCCGGAGGCGCCGCUUUAUCGGUACUCGUCGCCGGUCUUUACGACAAAUUAUCGACCUGAUGCAAUCCCCGAGGAUGCGCGUCAGUCGUGUCCAGAAGGGACCCCACCCCUCCCCCGAGCGUACAAACGUAGACCGCAGGACAAGUUCUCCGUCACAGGAGCGAGGCUGGCACAAAGCCACGCGGUAUGACAUCAUUGGAGUCCCAUGUUUACUUGUUUACUUACUUUUCCUUCUUUAUUUUCUGAGUGAAGAUAUUUUUUAAUUUUCUUUGUUGUUUCGAUGUAAAAAGGAAUUGAAGCAAGCUGUCUAAUUGAUGCUCACAAUUUGCCAAUACAGUCCAAAAACACUCUUAGUGAUAAAUUCUCUGCUAAGGGAUACUGGUUGCAACACAUUCAUAGAAUUGAAAUCCAAGCAUCGAUCUUUAGGAUGGUGACACAAUAAUACGCAUGACUUCUUAUCACGUUGGUUACCUAGUCCUGUAUUUGAACUUUUCACGUCUCGUUCUAGAGACAGUAGAAUUAUAAGUUUGUUUAUAGACAAACAAAGAAAUAUUUCACAAAAUGAAUGGAAUAAAUGUUAGUGAAUGUUAA